AUGGCUUCUAUCAAUAAUACCAAGUACGCCACCACCACCGCCCCCACCGCCACCUCACAAACCCGUCACGCCUCCACCACCACCACCACGCAAGCCAAUUGCGCCUCCCCCACCUCAAAAGCCAACUGCUCCCCGCCACCACGCAAGCCACUUGUGCCUCCUCCUCCUCCUCAAAGGCCAACUGCUCCCCCGCCUCCACGAAAGCCAAUUGCGCCUCCUCCUCCGCCACCUCAAAAGCCAACUGCUCCCCCGCCUCCACGCAAGCCAAUUGUGCCUCCUCCUCCGCCACCUCAAAAGCCAACUGCUCCCCCGCCUCCACGCAAGCCAAUUGUGCCUCCUCCUCCGCCACCUCAAAAGCCAACUGCUCCCCCGCCUCCACGCAAGCCAAUUGUGCCUCCUCCUCCGCCACCUCAAAAGCCAACUGCUCCCCCACCCCCACGCAAGCCAAUUGGCCCUCCUCCGCCUCCUCAGAAGCCAACGGCUCCUCCCCCACCACGUAAGCCAAUUGCGCCUCCACCACCGAAAAAACCAAAUGCUCCUCCACCGCCACCGAAAAAACCAGUUGCUCCUCCACCACCACACAAGCCAAUCGCUCCUCCGCCACCGUACAAGCCAAUAUCUCCGCCAUCUCCAAUGCUUCCGCCGCCACCGCCUCCUCCUCACCACCACCCGACAGUAAUCAUCAUAGUGUUUGUGUCAUUAGGUGGGCUUUGCCUGCUUGGAUUCAUGGCAGCUGCACUCUUCUGUUUCGUUAAAAAGAGAAAAGAGAAAAGCGUGGAAGAAACAGAAAUCAUCCACAUUGACGAACACAGGAAGAUCAAAGAAGCCAUAGUUGAGGGACCUCAUGGAUCAUGCCAAACUGUGGUUCUAUCAGUUGAAGAUGACAUCCAUGUUAAUGAAGAAAUCAUAAGGUGUGAGAAGAUUGGGGGGAAAAGGACGUUGCAUAGUACAAAUGAAGCAGGAGAUCCAAGCAGCAUAGAAGAUCAGCCACAGCCACCAAUACCAUCUCUCACUCAUCAAAAGCAUUCAUGAGCACAAAACUUAAUCAUUUUGAACAAAUCAUCAACAAAUAAAAGCUUUUUUUAAAAAAAUAAACAAUAUACAAUUAAAUAUACAUAUUGUGAUUGUUUUCCAUUACUAAUAAUAAAAAAAGAAUUCUUCAUUUUCCAGAAUGAAAUGUCUGUGUUGUUUGUUUUAAUUCCCAAGUUUAACUGUGGUAUUGAAUUCUCAUGAAAUGGAUGAAAGUUAAUUGAAACAAAAUGAGCCAAUUGAAUUUAUUUGAAAAA